AUGGAGAUUGAUGGAUGUGCUCUCGUCUUCGGCGGUGCCAGGGGCAUUGGUCGGGCCUGUGCCCUAGCUUUCGCGAGAUUCGGAGCGCGAAGAGUCCUUGUCGCAGACUUGGACUACGCGGCCGCAUGUGUAGUUGCCGAGAACUGUCAGGCCAUCGCCUCCAACCCCGACUUUCAGGCUGAGGGUGCGCUAGUGGACGUAUGUUCUGAGGAGUCCGUGAGCCAGAUUACGGCCCGGGCCGCCCAGACGUUCGGGCGAAUCGACUAUUGUGUCAACUCGGCCGGUCUUGGCGUACAGAAUCCUCGCGAGAUUGCCGAAGCCAAUGUUGCAGAGUUUAACCAGCUCCUCCAAACCAACGUUACGGGAACGUUUCUUGUGACGAAAUGCGCAUCGGCGACCAUGAAAUCCCAGGAUCCACGGCCCAACUAUCCGUCCGCACCGGAGCGUGGGUUGACUCGCGGUUCGAUUGUAAAUCUGGGAUCGGCCUCAUCUUUUGCAUCAACACCCAGCAUGGUACAGUACACGACGUCAAAGUUUGCCGUCCUUGGCUUAACCAAGAACUCAGCACUCGACAAUGCCGCUCAUGGGAUCCGUGUUAACUGUGUUUGCCCGUCAUGGGUAGAUACCCCGAUGAUCAAACAGGCAAUAGCCGACAUCCCGAGCUUGAAGGAUCAGAUCAACUCUGCUGUGCCCCUUGGCCGCAUUGCGAGCGCUGACGAGGUAGCCGAUGCAGUCAUCUUUCUGUGCAGCCCUAGAUCAAGCUACAUCACCGGUAGCGGGCUAAUCAUUGACGGGGGUACAACGCUCACAAGCCAUGCAUAG